CUCUGCGGGAACGAUUGGUGUUAGUAACUUGAAAGUCUGUAUUACAUGCUGUUGGCGUGCAUGCUUUUUAUUUGGAUUCAUGAAGCAAUACAAAGGGGUUGACAAACACUGUUUGUGUUGUUUUGAAUUGGGUGGAAGAAGACAGGAACCGUGAAAUAUCAACAUGUUUGCGGUGUGAAAAAUCCGUAGGUUAUGGCGCUGUACGAACAAAAAAAACAUUUAUCCAUACAUAUUGUAGUUUUCAAUUACGAUGUUUGAGUCUCUACCUAUACGUGCAAGGUCACCCCUGAUUAAUAUAACCUAACCUGUCAAAUUAUUUACCCUGCUACACUACAUUUUCAUUAAUGAAUGAAUUAUAAAAUGAGUAAUGGAGAAAAACAAAAACGACCUAACUGUUUGAUAUGUGGCGGUCAAAUUUCAUCCAGUAAUUACGGUGUAUUUUGUACGGUUGUACCUAAUACUGAUACGCUGCUUGCCAAUGCAGUGGAGAAAAUUGUAUGCAAGAAACUUGUACGGUCUGUAUUGUCAGCAGCAUCCAUCUGUGCAAAAUGUUUUUCCCUUUUUGAGGAAUUAGCGUGCGCCGAAACAAAGUGCACAUCCAUCAAGAAAAAAAUUCUAACAUUUUUUGAAAGAAAUUCCCAUAGAAUAAAAAAUGGUAUACAGGAUAUUCAGGGUGUAGCGUGUCAGACAGAAGAUGUGAUAGAAAUUAACAGUGUUGUUGAGAAACCAGAUGAUAAACUGAAAGAGGAGGAAUGUGAACCAGAUACUGAAAAUUCUUGUGAGAAAUCUACUACAGAACAGAAGACUGAUACUGGCAAAGUUACCCCUCGAACUUCAAUAGUUGCAGCUGGGAAAGCAGGAGCUUACAGUAAGAGAAAAGGAAGACCAGCACGAAAACCACAUACACCUAAACAAAUUUCUAACAAGUUAUCCAGUGGUCAAGGAAAAGAUGUUCAUCGAGUUCGGCGUUAUAUACACCCAUGCUCACUUUGUGGUAGACUUUUUCGUCGUCCUUGUGAGGUAAAACAGCAUUUGUUGUCCCAUGGGGGUGCAAAGCCUUAUCAGUGCCGUGAUUGUGGGAAAAAGUUUGGCUCAAAAUCAGGUGCAGGUAUUCAUGCUCUGAAGAAGCAUGGUAAAGAUAUAACUGAAGAAAAUAUAAUUGACUUGUGUAAGGAUGGUACUUUUAUAAACUCUUCUUCUGACCAGGUAAAUAUGAUGGUUGAAAGAGACAAUAAAGUGAAGAAGGAAGUAGAUGAUCACAGAGACAAUGACACAACAAGUAGUGAUGAUGAUUUUGAGUGGAAAAUGGAUGAAGAAGAAAUUUUUGGUAUGUUUAGUAGUGAGGGGCAAAAAUUUGACUCUGUAACCAACUCACCAGACAAAGGUACAUCUAGUGAAACUGAACAAAAUGGAACUGUUAAUGUUAAAAAUGAAGAUGUUAAAAAAGAUAUUACUGAAGACAAGAGCAAAGAGGAAGAAGCAAAGCUAUCUGAUACUGGAAAAUCUUCACAAGGACCAAGAAAUAAUGAAGAGAAUAAUGACAGCAAAGACGACAAGAGGGCCAGAAAAGAAAAGAAAAGAAAGCGGGAGCCAGCACCGAAGGUACCAAAACACGAGUGUGGUAUCUGUGGUAAGAAGUGGCGAACUAUGAGUGAAUAUAGAUCACAUGUUGCGACUCACAGUGAUGAAAGACCAUACAUUUGUGAAAUUUGUGGGCAAGCGUAUAAACACAAACCAGCACUAGAUAUUCAUGUUGGGAUGCAUAAUGGUAUAAAUCCCUUCUGUUGCCCCUACUGCAACAAGGCAUUCACCCAAAAGGGAGCACUUCAACGCCAUAUGCCCAUACACACUGGGGAAGCACCAUUCCAGUGUGAACUUUGUGGAAAGCGAUUUGUGCAUCAUACAAGUUUCAAUAUGCACACAUUGGCCCACACUGGUCAGAAGAGUUACAAAUGUGGUCUCUGUGGCUUGGCACUGCUGUCUGGAUCACACCUUAAGCGACACUCAAGAGUCCACACAGGAGAGCGACCUUAUCAGUGCCAGACAUGUGGAAAACGUUUUGCCGAGAGAUACAACUUAGUUGCUCAUACACGAGUCCAUGACACUAGCUCUAACUCUGGUGUAAGAGAUGGAGGCUACAAGAAACAUCACAGGUGUCAGUUGUGUGGAGCAAGAUUCGACCGAAGACCGAAGUUGGACCAUCACAUGGCUCUCUGUCACAAUAAGCUAGGAGAGUCAGAAGACAACCAAAAAUGGAUAGGUCAUACUAUGACUGAAGAGUCAAGUAAACAGACAGCCAGUGAUCUGGGUACUAUGAUGCCAUCAGCGACACUGAGUCAACCCCACUUGCACAAUGUAGCACCAACUUCUGCUCAUCAGCACCGCCCGCUUUUACUUCACACAGUUCAUGGACAAACACAUGGACCAGAUCAUGAACAUAGUCACACUCAUGGUUCAAAGGUGACAGCAGCUCAUUCACAUGGUCAUCCCCAUGCACAUCCACUCCUGGCAGCUGCAGCAGCUCAUCAGACUCUGAGUGUUCCAAACCAGCACCAGCAAAAUUGGCAUCAAAUUAUUUUUGGUGGAAAUGGUGGUGUGAGGGCAGAAGAUGGAGCAGGUAACUUGUUAGAUGGAGUUCCACAAGUUAAGGUAGGAAUUCAAAGUGCAGGUAUAAAUGGAACUGCACAGCAUCGGCUGCUUACAGAGAUGCCAUCUUUGGGGCACAAUACUCAAAACCACAGUGUUGGAGUAAGCAUAGGCACUGGUCGAAAUGUACUGGCAUCUUGCUUAGCAGCUGCUGCACCACAUCAUCUUGUGGCAAACAGUCAUGCUCCACAUUUAACAAAUCAUCAUUCAGUUACACAGUCUCGAGUGAAUAUGUUUUCUUCUGGUGAAAGCUGAAAAUUUUUGAGUCCUUCCUUAGAUCAAAUUGGUAUUGGUGCUUUCAGUCAAUGCUUUGACAAGGGCAGUGUUAUCUCUUCACAGAGAAUGUUGUAGCAACCUCAAGGAGAUUAUAAAGGUCAGUUUCCAUUUUGCAACACUUAGUUGUAAAAGUGAAGUGUUCUGGUCAUAUCUUCAUUUUCUACCAUAUCAGAUUUAUGCAGUGUGAGAGAACAUCAGAGAACAUUCCAAUGAAAUUUCCAUUCAUAGCAUUCUGAUUAUAAAACUAUUUAUUGGUUUGCCACUAUGACACAGAAAAAACAAAAUCAGGGAUACCAGUUAAAACAAUGCCAUCAAUUCAAUUGAGGCAGCUGAAAGUAGAAUAUUGUUAUAGACAUAUUUUCAUCAUUGUCUUGCAAGUGUAUCAGAAAAAAAUAUGAAAUACAUGAAGUCGAUAUGUCAUUCAACUUAUCCAUUGGGAAUUUUUACUAAUUUAGCAGGAGAUAUGUUUUGCAGUCGACAUUAGAGAUGUGUCUAGAAAGAAAUCAUGACAUUUGUGGAUGAAAGGGAGGAAAGUAUUGGAAGUUAUAAAGGUCUGUUGGCACUGCAUAUCAUAGUUAUAGCAGAAGUUAGAAACUAGCAUAUAUGAAAUUCCGACAGGAGAUGAAGAGGUUCAGUCCCAUAAAUCAGAAUCAGUUUGGAGCAUGAACACACAGAGCACAUGUAGAUUAUUUCAGCCAAUAAAUAGAGAAUCAGUUGGUUACUAUUGUGAAUACUUUCCAUAGUUUGUAACAGAAGAGUCUGUGGAGUGUGGGAGCUCCGUCCAGCUGUGAUUGCCUUUGUGGUAGGAGCUGUGUGAGAAAGCAAGCUCUGCUGUCCUUUUGCAGUGCUGGUUCCACAAAUGAGCUGGGUGCUUUAUAAUGGGGAGCUGUACCUUUUCUCUGUUGAGUCAUUGCUUCAUCACUCAUUUUGAAACACACAAACAAAAUGCCUUCAAAAUGACUUGAAUAAUUGAAAUACUUUUUUUUGCUAAGUGUUCGUUUGUUUAUCAUAACCCUUCUCUUUUCCCCAAAACGAAACAGAGUCGUGUUGAGUGCUUGUUGUUCGUAGCAGAAAUUAACUAAGCUUUCUGGCCUAGUCUGUUCAGAAAGUAUAAAGUGGUGGAGAGAAUGCUUUGUGUUUAAAAGUUGUAGGCUUUUUUUCAUACUAAAUUGCAGAAUUUUUAUUUCAUUCACCAUUUUGUAUCCCUCUGACUAUUUGAGAAUGUUCUUAUUUUUUGUCAUAUUCCACCCACAUUUUCUUGUGCUGAUAUAAGAAAUUCAUCUGACAAAAACCUUGUGGUGUAUACUAGAACACAAUGACUGUGUAACACUUAAUAUGACAUCCAAAGCAGCUUUUGACAUUUAAGUCUUUUCACAGGUGUGCUGUAUUUCAACAACCCCUCAAUUUAUGUAGUAUUUCCUUGUAGACAGGGUCUUGACAGUGGGUGACCACAGUUGUACUAUCUUCCUCCAACAACUAAUAGCACUUUGUGAAUUUCUAUUAGCACAUAUUUGCAUUAGUGUGUUUGUUAACUCUGUGCAAGAGAAUUAGGAAUUAAUUUGGUCUCUCUCUGACACACACACACACACACACACACACACACACACACACACACAAAGUGUGUUCUGAAAAGUGAUAAUGCCUCUGUAUUGUCUAUGUGAAAACUCUUAAAGCUUUUUAAAUGAAACAAAUGUUGUUAACCUUCAACAUCUUUAAUCUUGAUGUCUACAUAUUUUUUUCUCAACAUAGUCACCCUGGCAAGAACACAUUUCUCCCAAUGAGAGACCAUUUUGUUGAUACCAUCACUGUAGAAUGUUUGCACCACUUCAUCAGUAUCUAGUUGAAGUCGCUAAAGGUGCUCUUUUAAGUUUUGGAAACAUAUGAAAAUCGCAUGGAGGAUCAUCAGUGACAAUUAAAUGAGGGAGUUGCAUUGUUACAGAAGUUCCAGCACUCAUGUGUGGUCUGGCAUUGCCAUACUGUAGGAGAGAGCACUCCAUAUGUGGACAAACUCGUAAGAGUUUUCACAUAAAAGUUUCAGAGGAAUUGCUUUUAAACACACGCUUACAUAUAUAUGAAAUGGUUUGUUAAUUAAUAGAGUAUGAAGUAGUGGGAUAUGUCAUAGGAAUAAAGAAGAAUUUGCUUAAACUCAGGGAGAACUGUGCAAUGUCCAAAUAGUAUGGAUAUUUGCAGACAAAACGCAUUAGUUAUUUUGGAUGCCAUCUCAUGAUUUAAAAUCAGUGAUGGUGUAAAGUCUUUGCAGUUAUUGUGUUGAAAACUGUAGUACUUAAGAAAAUUAUAUUUUAUAGCAGCUAGAUAUGUUGAAGUUCUGUUCAGUAUUGGAAACAUGUUUCUAGAAUUUAUAAGACGAAAGCUGUUUAAUGAGAAGUGUGAUGGAAAUUAAUGAACUGGAUUCCUGCACUUGCAAAGUUACUGUGAUAGCAAGUUGCAGAAAGGGACUGAAGCUUUAAAUAGAUAAAAUGAUAUUAUUUUGACCUUUUUAUUGGAUUUUACUCACCAUCUAAAAUUUAUGCAAGGUGUAUGACAUCAGAUUUUUGUAUAAUGCUCAGAUUUUUAUUGUAUGUGUAAUCAUCCAUAAAUUCACAGCAUAUCAGUGACUGAAUGGAAUAAACUCCAAUUUUGAUGUGCUGAAUUUGUGACUUUUUGUACCAUAUCUGUAUUACUAGUCUAUUUGAUAGGAUUAUAUUUUAUGAAAUAUUUUGUGAUGCAGAGUUUAUCAGUUGGUCUGCUGAAUUAAUGACCAUGUGUCACAGUACUGAACAUUGAAUUUUUUAAUAAGAAAAACCUGAACAUGUUCUCAAGGGGGAAAACUUCCUCAAGAGCAAAAAUUGCUUGAAUGAUAUUACUUAAAGUUCUGCACUUAGGUUUCAGAUAUGUAUGUCUUUUUGUAGUAUAUGUCUCUGUAAAUGUCUUUCUUUCAAGCAGAGCUUAUGUUAAUUUGGCAAACUGAUAAGCUAUUUAUGAUAACAUUUGCCAGUCAUUAUUGUACAAAGUAUAAAUAUCUACCUAAUUUCAGUUCUAAUUAAAAUGAAACCCAGUGAUUUAGAUGCCUCUUUACAUUAAAAUGUAUCAUAUGUUAAAUUUUACUUUAUUUGCUUAGCCCUUGCAUCAUAUAAUGUAUGGAUGUACAGUAUACAAGACAACUAGUACAUGUAUGAUUCUAACAGGAUACGAAAGAAAGGAAAUUAAUAUUUUCAGAACAUACUUUUUUCAAGAUUUAAAUUAUAUAGGGCAUGAGGUUGGGGUCAUAUAGUUAAUACAAGUUUGCUUUCAGGUACUCAGCAACUGAAUAAAAUGUGUGUUUCAUUAGGAUUUCUUUUGCUUUUCAGUAUAAAGUAUUGGUUUUCUUUUGAUAGAUGGGCAUAGUUUGUUGAAGAGUGGGCUUGCCUGUAUUUGUCAUCACAUCAUGAUUUCUGUUGAAUUUUUGGCACAUCAGAUGAAUGUUUGCCUUGAUUCACAUGUUAUGGUUGUGCAUUUCUCCGUUUGUCACAAACAGAUUUAUGUUUUUUUGGAGAAAGGAGAGUUUGUAGAGUGUAAAUACAGGGCACUGGCAAUGUAUUUAUUUUUUUUGAAUAUAUAUGUGGUGGUUGAUUGCA